AUGGAUCACCACCGCGGCAGCGCGGGCGGAGGCGGCAGCAGCCAGAGCGAAGAGCGCCGCCAACAACAUCAGCACCAGCACCAGCACCACCCCGGCGACGAUCACCCGCCACGAGGAGAGCACCACGUCGUCGGACAAGCGGACGAACCGACGGCGUCCAACCACCACCACAGCCCACCAUUCGAGGAGGAAGGCGGAGGAACUGGCAUGAGGAAGAGGAAGGCCGAGCUGCUGCAGCAGCAGCAGCACACAACGACAACGACGCCGGCGGAGCUGCAGCCGGCCGACGCGGAGGAGAAGGGAUCAUCGCCGCUCAGGAAGCGAAGAAGGCGGCGAGAGCACGAAGGAGGAGGAGACACGAAGGAGGAAGAGGACGAGUGCAGCAGCGCAGAAGAAGAAGACGAGGAGGAAGAGGACGAGUACGCUCAAGAUGGAAUGAGAGAGAAGGGGAAGGAGCGAGAAAGGGGGGAACAUGAAGAUGGAGAUGGAGAUGAAGUAGUGGAAGAAGAUGAAGAUGACGACGAGGACGAGGACAUCCUGGAUCGAGAGAGCAAGGUGCCGUACGAAGAACUGGACGGCAGCCGCCUACGCGGAGGACAGGUCGAAGAGAACGAGGAGGAGGCCGGAGGUGAAGAAGAUGUGCGGCAGGGCGAGGGCGGAGAGGAAGAAGAUGAGGAGGGUGAGGAUGGCCACCACGGCGAGGAAGCGGAUGAAGGCGACCAAGAUGAAGCGGAGGAGGAGCAAGAGCGGCAGCGCCUCUCGGAUCGACCACCACGCAACCCCGCCGUCGCCUCCCUCUUCAUGAAGACCUUCACCGGUAACCAGGAGCUCGAUGAGUAA